AAUCUAUCAAAAUGGCAGCUAUGUAUUGAUGUCGAAAAAGUUAAUUUAUUUUACAAAAUUCAGUGAAAUUUGUUAUUUAACCUUUAAAACAUUAUUAUCAAAUCUCGCAACAUGCGUUACCUAAUAGUUAUAUUUGCUUUGGCCGCUACAGGCGCAGUCUGUGUGUCGGGGCAGUCCUAUGAAGAUAAGCGGUGCAAGUGUGUGUGUCCGAGCCCCUCCGCAGUGCUCAACAACAACUCGACUAGUAACAACACCACAUCGGACAGGAAACUCUACAUUGCCAAUGUACACCCUAAUAAAUGUAACUGCGACGGGGUGAUUUUGCCACAAGUGGGGGAACUCAUCAAGGGAAGGGAACAGGAGUUCUGCCCCCGCUGCGAGUGCAAGUACGAGAACAGGAACACCACCAUAAUCAAGGUGGUGGUGAUAAUAGUGAUCUGGGUGAUAAUGCUGCUGGUGGUCUACAUGGGCUUCCUUAUAUGUCUGGACCCGCUCAUCAACAAGCGAGCUAAGGCAUCUUACCAAGAACACACCAAUGAAGAUGAUGAAUCCUCAACUGUGGGCGCUUCAGGCCAGCCGAUGGGCGUGCGGGGCAACGUGCUGAACCGGGUCACUCACCAGCAGGACAAGUGGAAGCGACAGGUCCGUGAGCAGCGACGCAACAUAUACGACAACCACACUAUGCUCAACUAGUAGUCCGAUCAACGGGGUCCUCGGGGUGCCUGGACAAUCUCCCCGUCCGACCCUCCAGUGGGUGACGCUACUAUGU